CUAAAAGGAAUCAACCUGGCCCUUGUCCUUGUUCCAUUGCACCAUGACAUUUGACUUGGUGCCUUCUUUUUCUUUAGCAACAACAGAUGAAAGCCUACUCGCAGGGUUCGUGCGAGGGUGGCUAUGUUAUGUCUGUACAUGACAUGUAUGCUGAUCAUCUGAGUAGAUACUCUGCUGAUGUGGGCAGCUACAGACGUCCGUGUGUGGUGAAUCAAUCGAUGGCACUGAGACUGAAAGCGACAUGGCGUGGACUGGUACCGACGACUGUUUCUAGUUUCCAGUUUCCAGUUUCUACGGACGGGCCUGGUCGAUUGCACCGUGUCGGAAUUUGUUUUGCUGCCAACAUGAAUAAAUUCUCCAUGUUUUAUUAGCUGUGAAAGAGAAGAAAACAAAAAAGAUAAGCACACGAGCGAUGAGCAAAGACGCAGAGCUGAACCAUCACCAAUUCGCCUCUGGCUUCCUCAACCCCCCCGCUUUGGUGAGCGAGAACGUUUAUCAGUUCCAAUUCAUUGUCGCACUGCUUGCACCGCUCUGCAUCCAUCCACCACCCACCUACGCACGCCAUCAUCAUCACCAGCCAAAACCCCCCCUCUGUGUCCUUCUCUCACUCUUUUUCCACCUACCUCCCUCCCUGAAUACCCCUCCGACCGUGCCGCCUGCAGGACAACUCUCUCGUGACUCCUGCUGCUGAACGGUUUCCCACACUCUUAUUGUUGCCCCGGCGUUUGGCUUGGCCUCGCUUCCCGCUCCACCCUCGGGACUCCCGACCUUUGGCGCCUCGUUUCACGUCGUCGUCGAUCUUGCGCUGCCAUUUCGCCAAGCCACACCACUCUCCUCCUUCCCAACUACUUCACCUCGACAACUUUCGUGCACUCCUGCUCUGCAGCCCCGUCUGCACUAAUUGAUCGCUGCAGCCCCGACAUCCCACGCUGCCUCUCCGUCCCCCCGCGCCCGUCGCUGUAUUUUGCCCUCUGCGCUGCUGCAACAAACUCCCUGUACGAGCUCGGAGGAGAGCAGCCUCCUGCCUCGCACGCACCCACCUCCCAAAACCCUCAUGUCCACCACCUCCGUCAACGGCACCAAUGUCAACGGCCCGCCGCUGGCCUCGACUUCCUCAAAUCCCUCUGCAGCCCGAGCUCAGUUGAAGAUGGCUACCCAAGCCAAAGCUGCCGACGCAUCGCGCAAGCAAAGCCCAGUGGAUGCUGGCCAAAAGAAACCUACGCAGCCUCGUGCCUGGCAAGGCACCAAUCCCAUUACUCAACGGCCAUCCAACGCAAACUCCAACGGCGUCGUCAACAAUAACUACAGGCCCUCCCACGUUUCCACGCCCCUCACUGGAGAGUCUGCAUCUCCAAUGAGGCACCUUAGCGACAGGAUGUAUUUCCUCCUCGCGAAUCUAUCGGGACUACCGGGACACAUCACCUUGAAGAAUGGCGAAAAAUACACCGGCGUGCUGUCGGGCACCUCGCUCGAUCCAGGCGAGAUGCGCUAUGUCUUCAAAAUGGUGAAGAGGACACAGGCUGCUACUGAAGGUCAGACUAAUGGCACUGCCGAAGCGUCCGAUGAUUAUAUCGGCACUGGAGACAACUAUGUCAUGUCUUUUGAUAUGAGCGAUGUGGCUGAUUUCCACGUUGACAACGUCAUCCUCGACAAGUCGCAAUCCAAGGGUCAGAACGGUGCCUCCGGCUUCCGCACCGAUACCGAUAUUUCUGGCAACAUGGCUAUCCGCGAGCGAACUCUCCAGAAAUGGGAACCUUCCUCCGAUGCAAACGUCGACCUGUCACUAGAAUCUACUGGACAAUCAUCUGGUUGGGAUCAAUUCGCCACCAACGAGCGACUGUUUGGUGUUCGCAGUGACUAUGACGAGAAUAUCUACACAACCACAAUCGACCGCAGCCACCCGCAAUAUGCGGAGAGAGCGGCACAGGCGGAACAGAAGGCUCGGGAGAUCGAGGGCAGCAGCGCACUGAACGCGCACGUCAACGAAGAACGAUUCCAGAACUCCGCUGCUGAUAGAGAAGGGGACGAAGAAGACCUAUAUAGCGGAGUCUACCGGCCUCUAUCUACAGGUGCACCAAACACUUAUACACCCCCGGCCCGCCGGCCUCCUAGUGGGCAACCUACAGUCAAAGGCGCACCUGUGGAUCCUGCCAUCAUCUCAUCGCAGCUGGCGCGUCCCGACUCAGCUACCGCAAAAACUGCCCAGUCUACCGCGAGCCCGUCGCCUGAGAAACAAGAGUCUGCCGAGCCUCCGAAGACUGAGGCUGUUUCCAAGACUACGACAACAGACGCCGAGAUGCCAGCGUCUGAAUCAUCCAAAUCACAAACCAAGCCUGCCGCUCAAGUGAAGCCUACCAGUGAACAGCCCCAGAAGCCAAGCAGCGCGUUGAAACCUGCUGUUGGUAUUCCAGCUCGCAAACCUGGCAGACCUGACAAUGCCACGGCCAACGUUGAGCAUGACCUUCUCGAUUCUUUCAAACAAUUCUCUGCUGCAGAAAAACUGCGCAUGUCUGAACGGCAACGCUCGAUCGCGAGAGAGUCAAAAGCUGUCAAGCUCAACGAUUUGAAGAAGUUCUCUCAGAAUUUCAAGCUGCACACACCUGUUCCCACCGAUCUGGUUCCUAUCCUGGCUAAGGACGAGGGUAAACGGAAACUGAUCGUUCAAAAGGCGCUCAAAAACGCGAAGGAGUCGCAGUCACCCCCUCCAAAAGCUGCACCCGCCGCGGUUGACGUUAAACCGGUACCCCCACCAACCAACGUCAAACCCAAUGCCUCGCAGCCUCCCCCCAACGUCGAUCAACAACGACAUCAAAACCAGCGCCAGCGUACUGGGCAGAACCAAUACAACUCUGGAUCAGUACGGGAUCGCGGAAAUCACAUGCAAAAUGUGAAUCAGCCACCUCGUAACCACGGCCUUCUCGGUUCUCGUCUCCAACACAACCAGCAACAACUCAAACAGCAGGGAGGGGUUCCACCCUUCCAUGGUGUUCCUCAGCCCAUCCCUCACCAGGAUAUGCGAAGUCACCCGCCCACUGGGCCAUCCGGCUCGCCCAAUACGGGCGGAGUACAGCCACCUAAUGGAGGCAGGCAAUUCAAUGUCAAGGCACACGAAUUUAAGCCUAAUCCAGCGGCAAACACUUUCCAGCCAGGGCCAACUCCAAGCAACAACUCGAGUCCAAGGCCGGAAUCUGUGGCUAGGCAAGAGCCUCCACGCAAGAUCCCUAUUACUAGUUUCUUCGGUGGCGCACCACCAGCCAAAAAGGCCUUAGAUCUUAGCGUAUCAUUCAACCCUAUUACUCGUUUGACAAAGGACGCAGCGCAGGAUCCUCAAAAGGCCCGCCAAUAUCAGAACAACGGCGGCAUCCAACCAACCUAUCACACACCUCCAACCUGGGACUUCCCGGAGACGAACAAGGAGAAGGGCUACGAAGACAUGUUCGAGCGUCCUGCUUCCGUUCCUAUCUCGACUCCUCACAUGAUGGGCAACGGGCCUGCUCCUCACCAACACCAAGUGCCUCCGCAAUUUCAGGGACCUCAGGGCGCUCACCAAGGGCAGACCCCCCACCACACUCCUCGUGGCCCACCAGUGCAACCUCAUCACGGCCAAGCUCCGCAUCACUUUGAUUCUCAGAAUAUGCAGUUCUCGCAUUCCAAUUCUUCAGUUCACCCUUCGCCCCGUCACGUUCCACCUUACAUGUACGGUUCCCAGCCACCAUCCAUGCCCGGCUACCCACAGCAAGUACCUAUGCAGCCAUAUGCAAUGAGUCCGAACGUUCAGCACGCGGGUCUUCGAGGUGCCCAAGGAGGUCCACAAUUUGUGACUCCACCUGGUCCGGGAAUGGGAGGACAGAUGAUGACCAAUCAACCUUCAAACGGUCCCUACAUGAACAUGCCCGGCAACCCACAGAUGCCCAUGUAUGCCGGUGCCCCAGGCCAUGGAUAUCCUCAAUAUCCCGGUCAGAUGCCAGCAGGGCCAGGCGCCAAUGGAUUCGGCAGUCCUAGGCACGGUGGUGCGCCUCUCAUGAGCCAUCAAGGUUCACAGCAGGGACAUCAGCAGCACAACAUGAUGUACAUGCCACCUGGCGGUCAGGGCCCGCCAAUGUUCGCUCAAGCCCCACCUGGAUCAAUGACGCAAAUGCGAGCACCAUAUCCGCCAGCACAUCAACCACACUAUGGAUCGCCGCAUCAGCACCAUCAGUUCCCUCAGCAGCAUCGUGGUACCCCGAGUGGUAGUUAUUCCCAGCCCAUGAUGCAGCAGCACUCGCUACCACCGCAAGCACCGGCUGCCGGACCGGCUAAUCAUGGCCCCGAAGGUGGUGAGGAGGUCAAAUGA